AUGCUGCCUUUGCUGACCCUUGUCCUCUCUGAUCCCGUAUCCAUAUCCGACGUGCGCCUUGCCCGUCUUGCUGGUCCUGCUUGCCUCGGCAAUGAUUGUCACUGCCUCGUCAGUUUGGACAACUCCGAGUGGAUGAGAAAUGGAGACUACACACCCACGCGCAUCGAGGCGCAGAAUGACGCUGCAACGCUGCUCUUCAACGCCAAGACUCAAUCAAACCCCGAAAACACAGUCGCCUUGAUGACGAUGUCGGGCAAGAGUCCUGAGGUUCUCGUGACAUUGACAUCCGACAUUGGCAAGAUCCUGACGGCCUUGCACCAAAUCAAGCUCUCUGGUAGCCCCAAUAUCAGUACCGGAAUCCAGAUUGCACAGCUCGCCUUGAAGCAUCGCCAGAACAAAAAUCAACGCCAGAGAAUCAUCGUGUUUGUGGGAAGCCCAGUUACUGAAGAUGAGGCCUCUCUGGUCAAGCUGGGCAAGAAGCUAAAGAAGAACAACGUCGCAGUCGAUGUCAUCAACUUUGGAGAGGAGGCCGAAAACACUGCCAAGCUGGACGCUUUCAUCCAGGCCAUCAACAGCAGCGACAACAGCCAUUUGGUGACCAUCCCUCCCGGACCCCAUAUCCUGAGCGACAUUCUGCUAUCGUCGCCGAUCAUCGCGGGCGAGGACGGCGCUCCGCCCGCCUUUUCUGGUGGCAGUGGAUUUGAGUUUGGUGUCGAUCCGAACCUGGACCCUGAACUCGCCCUGGCGCUCCGAAUCUCGAUGGAGGAAGAGCGUGCGCGACAGGAAAAGGCCACUCGAGAUACCCCUGGAGAGGCCGAGGGCGAGUCGUCCGCCAUGGCUGUCGAUCAGGGUCAAGCCUCGGUAGAAGAUGACCUCCUUGCCCAGGCCCUGGCUCUGUCGAUGGGCGGCGAAGCGCAAACCCCAGCGACCCAUGAGGGAGAUGUCGAGAUGACUGAGCUAACCGAAGACGAGCAGAUCCAGCGAGCCAUUGCUCUGUCCAUGGGCGAGGGUGAACAGCCUCAACCCGCCCUCAACGACCCCAACUACCUCAGCUCUGUCCUGGGCAAUCUCCCCGGUGUUAACACGAGCGAUCCCAGAAUCCAAAACGCCUUGCAGUCCAUGAACAAAGACAAGAAGCCGGACGAGAAGGAUGAGUCGAAAGAGAAGAAGUGA